AUGGCGCGCGGACGUAUCAAUGUAAUAGACGAGGUGACGACUCAACCCACGCCUUACUCUCAGCCCGGUAACCCGGUCAGGGGAUGCAAUCGGCGGAUGACCGACGUCUUCGAGACAUUCAACGGGCGUGGCUGCAAAAGGAAGUCUGUUAAGCGUUACAUCGAGCAUGGGGUGAGCGUUAUGAUCUACGAGCUUUGA